GUUUUAUAUUUUUGUUAACACCCCCCUAAAGGGCAUAAGCUCUUACUGUGAUCUGUUGGAGUUAUCAAGGAUCAAUAAAACUUCAUUAAGACCAUCAGUAAAGUUUUGCUCGUCAUUAGGAUGGGGUUAAAAACACAGGAGAAAGUAAAUGGCUGAAUCUUCAUCACAAACAGAAGGCAGAAAAAGGAGGAACAUGGAAGAACCAGAAUUAUUUUCUCAUGACUCCAGCAGUCUCCUGUCUGAUCUGCUGCUGUGUCCGAUCUGUGUGGAUGUGUUCACUGAUCCAGUCACCACUCCGUGUGGACACAACCUCUGUAAGAGCUGCCUUACACAGUGCUGGGACAAGAGUCAACACUGUCACUGUCCAUUAUGUAACAAGAAAUUCACCAAGAGACCUAAACUGAAGAUUAAUACAACACUGAGAGAGGUUGCAGAUCACUUCAAGAAGGCACCUGAGGUUCUUUGUGAUGCCUGCAGUGGAGAGAAGCUGAAGGCCCUAAAAUCCUGUCUGAAUUGUGGACUGAGUUUCUGUAAAAUUCAUUUAGAGCCACAUUAUCAUGUUCCAAAACUUAAGAAACACAAACUAAUAAACCCUGUGGAGAACCUGGAGGCCAACAUAUGCCAGAAACAUGAGAGAGUUCAGGACCGACUGAAGAAGAUAAAAGAGAUCAAACACUCAGUAGAACAAAGCAAAAGAAGCACAGAGAAAGAGAAAGCAGACAGUGUUGAAGUCUUCAUUGCUCUGAUUCGCUCCAUUGAGAGAAGUCAGGCUGAGCUGCCGGAGAUGAUGGAGGAGAAGCAGAAAGCAGCAGAGAGGAAGGCUGAAGGACUCAUUAAAGAGCUGGAGCAGGAAAUCAGUGUGCUAAAGAGGAGAGACACUGAGCUGGAGCGGCUCUCACACACUGAGGAGCAUCUCCACCUCCUACAGAUUUACUCCUCCAUGUGCAGCCCUCCACACACCAAGAACUGGACUGAGAUCAGCAUUAACACUGAUGUGAGUGUGGACACUGUGAGGACAGCUCUGUCUCGGCUUCAGCGGUCUCUGAAUGUGAAACUCACUAAAUCACUCAAUGACAAGUUAAAGAAAACAGUUUCCACAGAACUGAAGAGGAUUCAGCAGUAUGCAGCUCUGAGAUCAAACCCCUCACACCUGAGAGAACUGGAUCUGUCCUGCAAUAAUCUUGGAGGCUCAGAUAAGAAGCUGCUCUCUGCUCUUAAGAAUGAUGAAAAAUACAAACUACAGACACUGAGGCUCUAAUGUAUAUCGGUGUGUGAUGAAGUCUCAAGUGUUCCUGCAUUUCAAUGUUGGGGAAUAGAUGUAACAGGCUCAGAGCUCUACAGGCUCUACACUUUUGAUACAUGUAUAGUCAUAGAUAUUUUGCUGGAAAAUCAUAUACAU